GCGGCCACAAACAGGAAGCAAAACGUCCAGCUGUUAUCUAAGCAGUGAGAGCUCUGGCUACUUUAGCUGCCUGUGUAGCAUUUGGCAACAGUGAUGAAACGGUCGUGUGAGUCGAGAAUAAACUGGUGUUUUAUUAUGCUGUGUCCGGAGUAGUACACUGUGUCGAUUUAUACCCAAAGGAUUACAAUUGUCUUCGACUUUCCUCCGGGUCAGGUGUUGAAACAAGGUGUGAAUGAGUGACGUGGUGCCUCCCACAGCUCUCAGUGAAGUCCAGCUCCGCUUCCUCUGCCACGAUGACAUAGAGAGUGUCAAGCUGCUCUGUGGUGAUUGGUUUCCAAUCGAGUACCCAGACUCAUGGUAUCAGGACAUAACCUCCAACAAGAAGUUCUUCUCCCUCGCUGCCACCUUCAGAGGAGGCAUUGUGGGAAUGAUUGUGGCCGAGAUCAAAGGCCGGACCAAAGUACACAAAGAGGAUGGAGACAUCCUGGCCUCCAGUUUCCCUGUGGAUACACAGGUAGCCUACAUCCUCAGCCUGGGAGUGGUCAAAGAGUUCAGGAAACAUGGCAUAGGCUCCUUACUGCUGGACAGUUUGAAGGAGCACAUCUCAACGACAGCCCAGGACCACUGCAAAGCAAUCUACCUGCAUGUUCUCACCACCAACAACACUGCCAUCCACUUCUAUGAGAACAGGGACUUCAGGCAGCACCACUACCUGCCCUACUACUACUCCAUACGAGGAGUCCUCAAAGACGGAUUCACAUAUGUGCUCUACAUCAAUGGGGGGCACCCGCCCUGGACAAUAUUUGACUACAUCCAGCACAUCGGUUCCACACUUGCCAGCUUGAGCCCCUGCUCCAUCCCUCAGAGGCUGUAUCGACAGGCUCAGUCCCUGCUCCGCUCCCUCCUGCCCUGGUCCAACAUCGCCUCCAAAACGGGCAUACAGUACAGCCGAACCAUGUGACACAGUACGGGGUGCAACUUCUGUUUCUCAUCGGUCUUCCGCUGUGCACACCGAGAUGUACAUGCACACGCCUUCUAGUAUGACUUUCCACUGCCUGUGUAUGACACAGGACUCAGGUUCAACCUCAGUUUGACCGUUCACAUACUAAAAAUACUAUUCUCGAUUCAGUACACGUUUGGCACUGUUCACACAAGAUUCAAGUUUUGCAGCUGUAGUUCUUUUAAUCAUUGAUAUACUAUUCUAUAUAUACUACACUAUCCAAUAGUUAUAGUAGCCUGUGUUUACCCAGUCCUACCAAAUCAGAUCUGCUGUUAUCCAAGACUGCGGAGCAAAGCAGAGGAGUUGGUCCAGCGAAAUCCUGUUGAGUUAGGAACCCAGGCAGCAAACACAGGUCCUAGUUUGGGUGUAAAGGGGGUGUAGGAUAUGAACGCGCACACACUGGGAACCCGACAGAGACUAAAGGUUCAAUCCUGCCUAUUUCUCAGUCUCUCUCCACCCUGUCCACCCGGUCACAGAGACUAUGUAUAAUGUUUGUAUAUUAUAUAUACUAAGCUAAUAUAUAAAAUUCUCUAAAUAUGUAUGUCUAUUCUAUCCUGUCAAUAGUUUGAAAAUAACCAAUCCUGUCCCCAUUUUGAGUAUAGAAUGAAUUGAGCAUCAAUUCCAGGUUGUAAAAUAGAUACUCAAGAACUGGACUGUGAAUCUAGCUAUAAUGAAAUGCUACCAGGGUUGAAUUACACACAGGGAAACAUGAGGCAUAAUGUAAGUGGGUGAUAUAUUUAGUAGCAACUGGAGAUUCCUGAAGUGAUUCUUCCUUUUUAAAAGUCACAUUAUGAUUUUGAUUUGCUGUGUUCAAUACUUGAAACGACAACAGAAAGCUCACAGACACAUCACAUAUUAUACAGCACUGCUCAAAGUCUUACAUUGAAAUACCAUUAUAAGUCUUUGGUUGUUUUCCAAAUGUUACCCACGUAUAUUUCUUACCAGACUAAAGGGGGAUGGCUUUGGUCCUUAUUUCAGAGAUUUUUAAAAAAUAGCCGCAGCCCUGUUUUGUCUGCCCUAUGGCUGUAAAAUUGCUGUUAAUGUAGAGAAAUGUAUAUUUGUUUCUAGAUUUUAAAUUAUGGCUCACAUUAGAUUUUUAUGCCAGCCUAUAAAAGAGAAAAGAAGACGAAAGUAAUGCUCCCAAACACAGGACCUACUCCGUGUGUGUGUGUGUGUGUAUGUCUGUGUGUGUGUGUAUAUGCACACAGGAUAAGAAAUGAGCACCCAGCAAGUGCCAAAUGUUGGUCCGAUCUGCCAGUAGACAAACGUGUAGAGUUCACCCAACAUGUCAACUUUGUCAGUGACUAACAUUGAAGUUUGUCAGUUUUCUUUCUUUCUGCUGCACCUCAUUAAACAUAAGGAACCUGAUCCAGUCUGUCAGCAAGUCUUAGAUUGUAAAGAUGGCAGAACACUGAAGAAGGUAAAGGGUAACUGUAUGGAAAAUGUGCAUUCAUUGUUAAAAGGUGAACAUUUCUGUUUACCAGCCCUGCACUGGUAACUUUUAUUUAAGUUUAAGACAUAAUGUAUGCAAUAAACUUGUUCCCAUUUGAUUGAUUGUAAAGGCUGAGUCAGUGUGACUACCCCUGCUGUGUAACUGUUUUUACUUUGUUGUAACUUAUUCAUUGGGAUUCUCAUAUUACACAGUCACUGUAA